UGGCGUCAUGACAGUGCGACAUGCCGGAUAGAAACAAACGCUUAAAUAUAUUUUGACAGCUAUUGUAGGAUUAUUUUCGAGGUACACGUGCCAUUAAUAUAUAUAUUUAGUUAGUGUAAAUGCUAGUAUCGAUACAUAGGUUUAAGUCUCAGCUCCACGCACUAAUAUAAGCUUCUUGCUCGCCUCCGGAACAACGUUAGCCUUAGCGAGAGGGACUGUUUGCCAACGGUUGUGUUGACAAGCUAAUUAGCUCUCGCUCACAGAGGUAUGAGUUAUAGAUAUGGAGGUGGAGGCGGUGGCAGAAGCAGAAGAGGUAGCGGUAGUAGAGGAUAUCGAGAUGGCAGCAGAGAAAGAGCCGACAGAGGACGCGGGUUCGGUGGGAGCUCUACCAGCGUUGACGAGGACCACGCUGGUGGCCGCCAUCCAUCACACCUGAAGGGUCGUGAGAUUGGCUUGUGGUACGCAAGAUACGGAGCUGUGAGAAAGAAAAAUGCUGAGCGGAAAUCGCGAGCAGUGGUCCAGAUGGAUGAGGCCAGGGAGCAGAACAUUAUCAAGCUGCUCGAUUCUGUCCAGAAUGACCAGUCUGGUGCAGAGAGACCAACGAGACAUGCAAGAGCCUCUGCAUCCAACAGCUGGCGUGCGCCUUCCAACAAAAGUAGUCAUUGCUACUUUGAUGGAGACAUGCCUGAAAAGGAUAAACACAAGAUUGACAUCAAAUCUGAGGAGGAAGAAUCCAUCACUCAGGCAGUUAAAGAUGAGCCCCCUGACACGUGGGAUGAUGAUGAGCAGGAGCAGCAGAAUCUGGGGGAGGAGGAAGAGGAGGAAAAAGAGAAACUUAAGAGAAAAGACAAAGAUCUAGAGUUCUUACUUCAGGAAAUAGCCAGAGACCGUUCACUGGAUGAGUCGUUGCAGAGAGAUCUGCAGAGUAAGAAAUCGCACCCCAAGUACAAGGAGAUGCUGACAUUCAGAGAGAAAUUGCCAUCCUAUGGGAAGAAAGAGGAGCUGGUGAAGCUCAUCAACUCCAACCAAGUCCUGGUUGUGAGCGGUGAAACUGGCUGUGGAAAGACCACCCAGGUGACCCAGUUCAUUCUGGAUGACCACAUCAAACGUGGCAUGGGCUCAGUGUGCCGGGUGGUUUGCACGCAGCCUCGUCGCAUCAGCGCCAUCUCGGUAGCAGAGCGUGUGGCGGCAGAGAGGGCAGAAAGUGUUGGCAAUGGAAAUUCGUGUGGGUACCAAAUUCGCUUGCAAAGCCGGUUACCACGGAGACAAGGGUCGGUCCUGUACUGCACCACAGGCAUUAUCCUUCAAUGGCUUCGCUCAGACCCGCGCUUAUCCAGUAUCAGCCACUUGGUUUUGGAUGAGAUUCACGAGAGAAGUCUGCACUCUGAUGUUUUGCUCACAAUUGUCAAGGACCUGCUCAACUUCCGAGAUGACCUCAAGAUCAUCCUCAUGAGUGCCACGCUCAAUGCAGAGAAAUUCUCCAAAUAUUUUGACAACUGCCCCAUGAUCCAUAUCCCGGGUUUGACGUUCCCAGUAGAAGAGUUCCUCCUGGAGGAUGUCGUGGAGAUGACCAGACACCGUCCAAAGAGUCAGGACCGCCGCCCUGCAUGGAAAAGAGGCUUCUGGCAGGGGUGCCACUCCAGACCCGAGAAGGAGGAGAAGGAGGCCGAAUACAAGGAGAGCUGGCCUUGUUAUGCUCGCACGCUACAAGCCAGAUACUCUGAUAGCACCAUUGCUGCUCUUGAAAUGCUGGACAGUGAUGACAAGAUUGACUUGGAGCUCAUCGUGGCACUUAUCCGACAUAUUGUGCUGAACGAGGAGGAAGGAGCAAUCUUGGUCUUCCUGCCUGGCUGGGAUAACAUCAGCAGCCUCAACGAUCUUCUGAUGGCGCAGCAGAUGUUCCGAUCAGACUGCUUUGUUAUCAUCCCACUGCACUCGCUCAUGCCGACGGUUAAUCAGACGCAGGUGUUCAAAAGGCCUCCUCCUGGCGUGCGCAAGAUUGUGAUUGCUACCAAUAUAGCUGAGACGAGCAUCACCAUAGAUGACGUUGUUUAUGUGAUCGAUGGAGGGAAGAUUAAGGAAACAAAUUUUGAUACCAACAACAACAUCAGCACCAUGACAGCUGAGUGGGUGAGCCUGGCCAACGCCAAACAGAGGAAAGGACGCGCUGGCCGUGUGUGUCCAGGGAAGUGCUAUCAUCUCUACAACGGUCUCAGAGCCAGCCUGCUGGAUGCCUACCAAUUACCCGAAAUCAUGAGGACACCGUUGGAGGAACUGUGCCUGCAAAUCAAGAUAUUGAAGCUCGGCGGCAUAGCUCCCUUCCUGCAAAAAGCUCUGGACCCUCCCACUGAAAAGGCUGUGAACCUGGCCAUCAAGAAUCUUAAAGACUUGAACGCUUUGGAUCAUUCCGAGAAUCUGACAGCGCUAGGGUUCCACCUGGCUCGCCUGCCCGUAGAGCCUCACAUUGGAAAACUCAUCCUGUUUGGAGCUCUGCUGGGCUGCCUGGACCCCGUGCUCACCAUUGCCGCCUCCCUCAGCUUCAAAGACCCUUUCUUCAUACCCCUGGGCAAAGAGAAGAUAGCGGACAUGAGGAGGAAGACUUUGUCCAGAAACUCCAAGAGCGACCACCUCACUGUGGUCAACGCCUUUCAGGGCUGGGAAGAUGCUAAACAGCGUGGCGCGCGUUGUGAGAAGGAGUACUGCUGGGACAACUUCCUGUCUGCCAACACGCUCAAGAUGCUACACAACAUGAAGGGCCAGUUUGCUGAGCAUCUCAUGCAUGCAGGCUUUGUCAGCAGCAGGGACCCGAAAGACCCCAAAUCAAACGUCAACUCAGAUAAUGAGAAGCUCAUCAAGGCUGUGAUUGUAGCCGGUCUUUAUCCUAAGGUGGCCAUGAUCCGACCAUCCUACAGCAAAAAGAGGCCUGGGGUGAAAGUGUACACUCAGCCUGAUGGAAAGGUUUGCAUCCACCCCAAGUCUGUUAAUUACGAGGAGACCAAGUUCAACUACACGUGGCUCAUCUAUCACCUUAAGAUGAGAACCAGCAGCAUCUUCCUGUACGACUGCACCGAGGUGUCCCCCUUCUCCCUGCUCUUCUUCGGAGGUGACAUCACUAUCCAGAAGGACGAGGACCAGGAGACAAUAGCGGUGGACCAGUGGAUCGUCUUCAGGUCACCGGCGCGCAUCGCUCACCUCGUCAAGAGUCUCAAGAAAGAGCUGGACUCUCUGCUGGAGGACAAGAUACGGAACCCAGCUCCUGUGGACUGGCAGAACCGCCAGUCCAAAGACUGCGCCGUCAUCACGGCCAUCAUAGACCUCAUCACCACACAGGAAACGACAACAGCGGCGAGCGGCGCCAGAGCCCACAACAGGACAUGGACGCCCAGAGGACAACACGUUUACUUCAAUGAUGACGACGAUGAUGAUGAUUAGAGGACUCAUGCUGGGGACAAGACUUGAUAGAAGGAACCACAGUCAUGUGCUUCCAACUUGUGGGAAGAGGCCCUGUUGGAUGAGGUUGGUGUGGAAGAACUAGAAAGACGGUGCACCAGCAGCUCGAGGCUUUGGACUAGAUGAAGACCUUCACAUGAUGAACAAUCUCUAUCUUCAUGCUGACUUCUGAAGUCCCUGAAGGCGUCACAGCAUGGGAAACCGAGGUCACACAUUGGUCUCCAGUCCUUGCAGGCGGUCCAUCCUCUGCAUGUUGCGCUCUAUGGUGGCCUGGCACGUGAUGGGCUGGGCGCACUCGGCGAGGAACCAGCCUUUCUCACCAUCACGCAGCCGCUCGCCCUCGUACCAACCUGAGACCGGGGGACCAAAACAUGGAAGCUGAAGCAUUCACGCGUGUUGUCCAAUUCACACUUGUACCGGCAAAACCACCGUCAUGCAUGACUUCACACCACAGCGUUAAAGGAUUUAACCCUGGCCAUGUUUGGCUUUUUCACAGGAAGUCAUCGUCACCAUGUUUUGUCUUUUUUUUUUUCUCAUAUAAUUUUUCUCAUAAUAUUAUGAAUUUGAAAAAUUAACUACUAAAAUGACUUUUCUGCAUACUACAAGUUUAUUCACGUAAAAAUGAGAC